GAAUCCAAAUCAAUCAUCUAAACAGCUGAAUUUAAGAUUCAGAGCUUGUUGUUGGCUUUUUGUUGAUCUACUCGGUCACUUUUGUAACUAACUUUCUUUACUUUACAUUGAGAACUCUGAUCGUAUACUAAGUUGCCAACAAACCUUCACGAUCUUUCUCGCCUACUUUUUCAAAAAACUAUAUCAACAUUAUUUCUGGGUUUUUGAUUUGAUUGUUAAGUAAUCAGUUACGUAAUCAGACCCGUGGGAAAUUUCCUGGAAAAUGUCUUUGGAUACUGUGAACAAAAAAUUGGUGGCUAUCGGGGACGGUGCAUGUGGUAAGACAUCUCUGCUCGUGCGCUUUUCCAAGCGCGAGUUCCCCGUCGGCUAUCAGCCCACUAUCUUCGACAGCUACGUCGCCCAGAUUACAUUAGGCUCCACAAUUGUCAAACUCAGCUUAUUCGAUACUGCGGGUCAGGAGGACUUUGACAGACUGCGUCCGAUUGCUUAUCAAGAUGUUGACGUGGCCUUGAUGUGUUUCGACCUUACUCAGGCGGAGAGUCUGGAGAACUGUGAGAACAAAUGGAAGGGCGAACUUGAUUACUUCAUGAAGAGCACCCCCUUCAUACUCGUGGGGUGUAAAUUGGACAGUCGUGAGGAAAUGACGGGAGACAGCAAUUUAGUGUCCACUCAUCAGGGCCAGGACAUCGCCAACAAACUGGGCGCAGCACGCUACAUGGAGACGUCGGCUAAGAGGGGCGACAACGUCGACGACCUGUUCGAUCAAGCCGCCCGACUUGCAUUCAAAAGCUCCCAGGGCGGUGGAUGCUGUGUUAUCUGCUAGACACUGCUCACUUCUAUCCUAAUUCAGCCCACUUAUGAUAUUUGAAGAUAACUUUGGAUUGUAAUUAAGAAGAUAAUAUAUUUUUUAUUCACAUUA